AGACUCGAAUUUGCCGCCAACCAUCCUAUCGUACACAUUUCCGAAUAACUUCCAAACUGUUUUCCCGGCAGAGUCAAUCGAAAACGACAAGUUCCAUCUCCGGUGGAGCCAUCUACAUUCAUUCUUACCUUAAAAGCUAACUCCCAGUCGCCCUCCCAAGCCCUAAAAGCAAUGCUCUACUGACAGCCACUCUCCUAAGUCCUUCCCUACGUUCCCUUGUACGCCAAACUUGUGAUCCGCUCCACGUCCUUUAAACUCCAAUCAGGAUCUAAGCUAGCAAGUAAAAGUGCGAUUCCUUCGUGAUGACACCAACAUCUCCUUGCUGGAGCAAGGGAUUCAAAAUGGGCAUGCCAGAUUCUGAAACUGUAUGGGCUUCACUACAUGUUAUUGUAAUAGCUGCGACUGCCAUGAUCAUGUCGGUGAGUGCGACGCCACCUGCAGAUCCCAUCAGAUGCACCUCGAGCGGCUGCACCAUAACCAAUUCCUACGGGGCCUUCCCAGAUCGAACCACUUGCAAAGCAGGGGCCGCGGCAUACCCGACGUCGGAAGAAGAGCUCGCGUGGGUAGUGGGGAACGCGACAAGGUCCAAGAGGAAGAUGAAAGUGGUGACGCGCUUCUCUCACAGCAUCCCGAAGCUGGUGUGUCCAGACGGGGAGGAGGGGCUGCUGGUGAGCACCAAGUACAUGAAUGGGAUAGUGAGGGUGGACCAAGAAGGGAUGAGGAUGAGCGUGGAGGGAGGGGUGACGCUGAGGCAGUUGAUCGAGGAGGCUGCCAAGGCGGGGAUGGCGCUGCCAUACACGCCCUACUGGUGGGGUUUGACGGUCGGAGGGAUGCUGGGGACGGGCGCGCAUGGCAGCUCCCUGUGGGGGAAGGGGAGCGCUUUGCACGAUCACGUGGAGGCGAUGCGGAUAGUGAGCCCCGGAGGGCCUGGAGAUGGUUACGCCAGGAUCAGGACGCUCGAUGCGAAUACGAAGAGCAGCCAUGCAGAGAUGAACGCGGUCAAAGUGUCGCUUGGGGUUCUAGGAGUCAUCUCUCAGGUAACCCUGAAGUUGCAACCGCUCUUCAAACGAUCCUUAACGUAUUCGAUCAAGGGUGAUUCGGACUUGGGAGAACAAGCGGCUAGUUUUGGUAACCAACAUGAGUUUGCGGACAUUAUGUGGUACCCGAGCCAACAAAAGGCAGUUUAUCGGAUUGACGAUCGAGUCAGUCUUGACGCAUCCGGCAACGGGCUCUACGAUUCCACCCCAUUCCGUUCCACACCUUCUCUCACGUUGGCACUGGUCAGAUCCACAGCAGAAGAAUUGCAAGAGUCCGUAAACGAUGCUGACGGGAAAUGCAACACUGCAAAGCUAAUUUCUUCUACCCUCCAGACCGGUGCUUAUGGGUUGACGAACAACGGUGUGAUCUUCACGGGAUAUCCCGUGAUUGGGUAUCAGAACAGGCUGCAAUCCUCGGGCACUUGCCUGGACAGUUUCCAAGACGGUCUGAUUACUGCUUGUCCAUGGGAUCCCCGAGUCAAGGGCGAGUUCUUUCACCAAACCACAUUUAGCAUCGGACUCUCCGUGGUAAAGAGCUUCAUCGAAGACAUCCAAAAACUCAUUACCCUAGAGCCUAAAGCAUUGUGCGGAGUGGAGCUCUACAACGGCAUCCUCAUGCGCUAUGUCAAGGCAUCUAGUCCUUACCUAGGGAAGCAGGAGGACGCGGUAGACUUCGACAUAACUUACUACAGGAGCAAGAAUCCGCUGAGCCCGAGGCUAUACGAAGACGUGCUCGAAGAAAUAGAGCAGAUGGCACUGAUCAAGUACGGCGCGCUGCCUCAUUGGGGGAAGAAUAGGAAUUUGGCGUUCGAUGGAGCGAUCAAAAGAUACAAAAGUGCCCAAGAGUUUUUGAAAGUGAAGAAGAUGUAUGAUCCAAUGGGGCUGUUUUCCAGCGAAUGGACGGACCAAGUUCUUGGACUCAAGGAGGGACCGAGCAUAGUGAGGGACGGAUGUGCACUGGAGGGACUGUGCAUUUGUUCACAAGAUGCACAUUGCGCACCCAACAAGGGAUACUAUUGCAAACCGGGAAAAGUCUACGGAGAAGCUAGAGUUUGUACUCGAAUAAGUUCCAAAACCCAGUAGAGGCUGGAAACCAAAGCUGCUCAACUCCAUC